AUGACCGCUGAAGCUGCCGCCGCUCCACCAGCAUCGCCCGUCAAGGCAAAGAAAGCUGCGAAACCAAAGACGACCAAGGCUGCCCCAUCUCAUCCAACUUAUUCAUCGAUGAUCGCGAAAGCUGUCACCGAUUUGAAGGAAAGAAAUGGAAGCUCUCGACCUGCUAUUCUCAAAUAUAUCCUUGCUCACUACAAGCUCGGAAACAAUCACACUCAGAUCAAUGCUCAUCUCCGCAUGGCAUUGAAGCGUGGAAUCACUUCGGGUGCUUUGAAACAAACCAAGGGAACUGGCGCAUCUGGAUCAUUCCGAUUGGGAGAGGCCAAGGCAAAGAAAGUCACAAAGAAGCCGAAAGUCGCAAAGGCCACAAAGGCAACUGGUGAGAAGAAGGCGGCCACAAAGAAGCCAAAGACAAAGAAGACAGCCACCGCGAAGAAACCAAAGGCGCCAAAGAGUCCAAAGAAGGCCAAGGCUCCCAAGAAGACAGCCGCUCCGAAGAAGAAGGCUGCUUCUCCCAAAAAGAAGGCCACAAAGAAAGCCGCACCAAAAAAGGCA